GAUCGCUAAGGGUGUGCGGAGUGGAGUGGGAGGUGCACGGAUCCCAGCGCAGCGGCCCGACCUUACGCGACGCGGGGCGCGACCACCGACUAGCGUGACUCCAUGUAGCAGAGGGACACCGCCGACCGACCAUCCGGCGCCUCCAGCAGGUGCGCACUCGUCCCGUGCGUCGACUUGCAGCAGGCAGCAGUGAGCGCUGACGGCGGAGCGCCGUCCAUGGGCUGAGCCUCCCGGCGCACAGCCCCACUCUCUUCGUACCGGAGGCGGCGAGUCCGAGCACUUGUCGCGGGUCAUGACGAUGGCGGAGGCGGCGGCGGAGGCAGCGCCGGCCCCGGCGCCCGACCACCGCAAGCAGCGCAAGCGCAAGCGGCUCAGCGCCGUCGUCGACCAGCUGGCCCUGCACAACAACAACAACAACAAUAACAACAACAACAACGUGCCGCCCAGCGGCGCCAACAGCCCCGACUGCGAGGAUGAGGACGUCUUCAGCGACAGCACGACGCCUCCGCCGGUGAGCGCGCUGUCGCAGGCUCCGGUGCCGCAGGCCGGUGUGACGGCGGGGGCGGCUGCGGCGGCGGUGGCGGGGGCGGCCGCGGGCGGCGAGUCCGCGGGCAACUCGGGCCCCGAGCCGGGCACGCCGCUGUCGUGCGGCUGCGCCAGCUGCUUCAGCUUCGAGUACUACCUGCACUCCCAGUACCUGCACGCCGCCUCGCCCGACGCCUUUCGCCGCCGCUCGCACUCCGACUCCGACCUGCCGCUAUGGCUCGACACGCGGGAAAUGGCGGCACGGCGGCCAGCAGCGCUGUCGGCGCCGAGCAAGGGCGGCUCCCUGGAGUCGGAGGGCUCGGGGUCCCAAGACUCGCCGCUCGACCUGUCGAUGAAGGCCGCGUCCGCGUCGGCGUCGGCGUCGACGUCCGCGUCGGCGUGGUCGUGCCACACGAGCAGCAGCACGGGCUCGUCGGAGCCCGGCACGCCCGCCGCCGUCGUGACGGCCGGCGGCGUCGCGGUGCCCGUGGUGCGCGGGGACGUGGCGUCGCCCACCACGAUGGCGAGCGUCGCGGUGCGCUACAACCUGGAGGUGUCGCCCGUCGUCGAGGAAAUGCCGCCGGGCGCCGACGUCGCUUACGUGUGCCCCGUCUGCGGCCAGAUGUUCAGCCUGCACGACCGCCUCGCCAAGCACAUGGCCAGCCGGCACCGCAACUCGGCGUCGGGCGGCGGCGGGGGCGGUCGCGCCUACCUGUGCGAGGUGUGCCGGCGCUCGUUCGCGCGCUCCGACAUGCUGACGCGGCACAUGCGGCUGCACACGGGUAUCAAGCCGUACACUUGCCGCGUCUGCGGGCAGGUGUUCUCGCGUUCGGACCACCUGAGCACGCACCAGCGCACGCACACGGGCGAGAAGCCGUACAAGUGCCCGCAGUGCCCGUACGCGGCGUGCCGGCGCGACAUGAUCACGCGCCACAUGCGCACGCACGCGCGAGGCGGCACCGGCGCCGCCCCCGGCCUGGGACUCAACCUGGUGCAGCCCAAGCAGGAGCUCGAGGAACCGGCCAGCCCCUCGCAGGCGCUCUCCGCGCUCUCCAUGGAACCCGGCCUGCAGUAGCGGCGGCAGCGGCACCGCGCUCACCCUCCUCCCGUGUCUCCGAGAGCCGCUCGCGACGGACGGACUGUGCGCCGCUGUACCGGCUAGUGGUCACCGAGCAUCAUCUGGACGACUGCAACUUCGAGACGGCGCACUGCCAGGUUCAUGUGCUCGUCUCCGGGCAUUGCUGUGAAGUGUCAUCCUCCGAUUAACUGUAUGCUGUGGGGACUACUGUUCUGUAUCUCCCAAGCUUCUAAUAAGUAUCAAAAUGUCAUUACUUGUACACCAAUCUGCAUCGCACCUGGAGUCAGUUUCAGAGAGCCUCCAGGAAAACAUCUGUACAUCACGACGUCCACCUGUCGACGCAGUGCUGGCACUGUAGAGUACUCCUGUGGCCCGACGGGUGUCAACACGAACACGUCGGGAGCCUCUGCCAGAGUUUCUGCACCGUGGAGCCCAAGUGAACACUCUUGGGUGUGGAAUAUGAAACCGGGAUUAACACUGAAAUUUUACUGAAAAUUCUAUCCCCUCGAGCAGAUGCCAUUCUCUUUGGAGCUCCCUCGGUUCGCCAAACAAUCGCACCAUAGUACUCGUACGCCCAUCAGCUCCACUGCUUGCAGGCAGUCUCACUAUCUGUGGCAGCCGGUAAUUGGAACUGGAUAACUUCGGAGCUGCCAGAAAAUCACAUAUGUCGCUGACGACUUCCACCUGUAAACACAGUGCGCACUUUUUCUGCGGCUAGAUGGGUAGCAGCACGGAAGCAGUUAGAAGCUGCGACACUUUCUACACCGCGAAGCCCAAGUGUACACUCGUGCGAAGGCAGUACGAGCCAAGUAGAGGCGAUAUUGAUAUCAAAAGUUGGGAGCCACAGCGAUGAGCAACACAAGCGCAGGGCUCCGCCUCCCUAUAAAGUGCUGACAAACAACAGUGUUGCAGAGUGGCUGACGCAAUGGCUAGAUAGUAGCGUGGAGGUGCAGGGACAAUGUAUACAUCACAUGAAUUACUGUGAGGUGACACUCGAGAGUCGGUAAGUACGGGAAGAGCAUGUGGCCUCGGAUGCUGCGGAGCGGCGGAGUAGGUGGUGGUAUCGGCGUGUUUUGACGUCACUGUGGGGCGAGGCGGCCAGCGUAGCGUGUCGUGGCUGCCGUGCCGUGCCGUGCCGUGCUCGGCCUCGGCCAAUAUCGAUCUGGCAGCGGGCUGACGCUCGCACGCGUGUCGUCGUCGCCGCCGCCGCCGCCACAGCGGGCCAUUAUAAUUAGAACAGCGGAACAGACGACAAUUCUUUACCUGAGCGGGGCUCGAACGGGCACGCGGCCAGCAGGUGGGGCCGCGAUCGCCAGCGCUAUUAAAAACUGGCUGCGCCCG